CCAAUAGUGGGAUCCAUCUAGCUCUAGUUAUUAUAGGUAUUGCCCUACUAUUCAAAGUAGCUGCUGCUCCCUUCCAUAACUGGGCCCCCGAUGUGUAUGACGGGGUGCCAACCAUCGUGACUACAUGGCUAGCUAUUAUGCCAAAGGUUGCCAUCCUUGCCUUCCUAGUAAGUGCACUACUAUCCCUAGUUAUUGGUGGUCUGCUCGGUCUAGCUCAAUACCGAAUAAAACGUCUGCUAGCAUACAGUACGAUCUCGCACAUGGGCUUCAUCCUACUAGCUCUAGCCAUCCAUACUCAAGAGGGUAUAGAGGCGUACCUUUUCUACCUAGUGCAGUACGUGCUUACGAGCAUUAACAUCUUCUUCGUGCUACUGGCCUUUGGUGAUCACCCUUAUGGGUCCGCAUGGGAUACCCCAUCUUCCGCAGGCUUCUCACUCUUUGAUAACGCUGAGCUGCCCAAAAACUCACCGAUCAGGUACAUUUCUCAUAUUAGCCGGAACUCUAAUAUCCAGUCGAACCCUGCGUUAGCCCUAACCUUCGCUAUCACCCUCUUCUCCAUGGCAGAGCCUUUGGUCCGAGCUCCUAUAAAUGGAGCCGGGACAAUUCGAGGGAUUGGACAAUCAGCAGGAAACCAAACCUUGGAUCCUCAGAGACUAUACGUGAGAACGAUGGGCUCACCCGUCGUAAGAUAUAGUCCAAUACAAGAGGGAGGUGAUAAUAAGCUGCGCUCUUGGAGAUCUAGCUUUUUAAAGCGUAAUGCUAAUGUCAAUACCCUACUUCAGUUCUGGCAAGGCGCUAAGAAUGCUGAGUUUAAUACUCUCUCUCUCCCUAUGUUUAAUGAAUUUCACGCUCUCUUCUACGGUCCCCCCGGCCUGAGGACCAAGGGCCCUCAGUCCUUGGGCCGAGGGUGGGCCGAGGGGAACGGCACAAAAAUCGUACCCCUUAAUUUGGGAGCUCCUUACUUGACGAUCACUCGCUUAUUGGGCGAAUAUAACGCAUAUAAACUUUGCUUAUACAUUAAUAUGCUCAGAAAAGUAUCUAAUAUGAGUCCUAACCGGCCUCGAAAUGGUAAAGGCACGCCUAUUAUCCUUCAUUUUGUUGUAACCGCUCUGGUAGUCUGGGGACUCUGCCUGUAUUCCACUUUAGGUUUAACUCUAACUACCGCGGCCAAAGCCUUAGCCUACCUAUCUCCUAUUCUAAAGGGUAAAGGCCGCAAAGAUGCUCGGUUUUCGUGCUUCCCUCGGUCCUCAACGAGGGCAUCGUACCUCGGCCAAGCCCUAUCUAUGGGUAAAACUCACUUUGGCCUUGUAUUCGAUACGGCACGGGGUUAUCCUCUAUGUGGGCCAUGUGCGAUUUCAACUAGGCCUAGAGGUUCUACCUUAGAGUCAUUAUAUGAGUCCAGCUGCAAAAGCCGCCGUGAUUUUUCCCCUGAAAUUCUGGAGAGCAUCUCUGGAUACUUCUUAGUACAAUACGGUAUUGUAGGGGCUCUUCCUUAUACUUUGGAACGUUUUGAUAGCCGCACGGGUCAGACUUAUACUGCUACUCAUUUCGCUACUUUUGGACUUCCUUUCUUUGGUGCGCUGUUUCAUGAGUGGUAUACUAUAGUUAACGGUAAAGCUACAAAACGCUUGCCUGCCAAUAUAGCAAACCUCUUAACACCAGUAGCUCUAGCUUACUGGACAGCCAGCGACGGGACAUAUCACAAAAAAACAGGGGCAUUUAAUAUCCAAUCAACUAGGGUAUCCAACGGCUCAAGUAAAGAGCAGUACUGUAUUCGUAUUGCUAAGGCCUCUAUGGUCACCUUCCAGGCCCUUAGUGGUAUUCAAAUAUUUCCCUUGCUUGCUGCCUUUUUUCUUAAUGGAGAUGGCUGUAAGGCCCAAUCUGGUUUCUAUCUUUCUACUAUUCCUUUACCUUUGUAG